CGCAGAUGGACUUCUGGACGGAGCCGUCGGCCGUGGGCCGACCGGUCGACAUCCGCGCAGCGCCGGACGAGAAGUUCCGCGUCGAAGAGGAAUUGAGACGCAAUGGACUCCACGUUCGUACCAUCAUCUCCGACAUCCAGCCUCAUAGACGAAGAGGAGUCGACUAGCUCCGCGACCGGGCGGAU